GGGACCGAGCUGUCUGACCGCCACCAUCUCCGUUCUUGCAGGUGGUUACUGCCUUCGCCUCUCUUUGUCUCAACACCACGCCACGAUGCUGGCCAAGCAAUCGCUGAAACCAAGGAGACCUACUUAAUGGGGGUCUACAUGUCCCCCUCUUGAUUCCUUCUCUUCUUCACUCAGCAAACCUCAUCUUUGAUCAGCAGCGGACAGUAUUGAUUUAUCAACACCAUAUCUACCUUGACAGCUCACCACUCGGAAAUCAGCAUCUUUUUUUUGGCUUUCUGGUCGUCCCCGUAUCUCUGUGUCACCCUUCCCGUCAUCAUGUUCAAGACGAUCUUCUAUGCCUUACUGGUGCUCUCCCUGUCCGUUUACUUCUUGAACCAGAAUUUGCCCAGUGUCAUGCAACUCGUCGACAAGGUCGAAGACAUGCUGCCCCCGGAGGCGAAGGACGGCAUCUCCCGUGCAACAGAUAUCUUCAGCACCCUAUUUGACAAGCUCAUAAACUCACUUCCUCUGGACGUCCAGUGCCGGUUAUUCCAGGCUGAACACGCUCUCGACAUACUCUUCUACAAGCUCUUCCGCCUUGAUCUGCACGGCCACUGUCUCCGCUUGGCACGGUAUCAUACCUUUGAUCGGAAAACUGCCAGCUUUUACCUUGGCUACGCGACUCAUAAGCUGCAACAACUGUCUGCUUGGGUUAGAGGUCUCCCAUGGAAUGAAUGGAAGACCAUCUCUCUUAUUGUGGCCACCCAGAUUUUCAAGACGAUGAGCGUCGGCACGCAGAACGCUGUCUUGUACAUCCGCAAUUGUUCUUGGCAGGUGUGGUUCAACAGCCUACUCGGCUUCGGAAAAGCUUGGGUCAGAGUUGUUUGGGUCAGAAUUGUACUUGCACUGCUGGUCAAAGCCAUUGCCGCCUGUGGACGCUUCGUUCGCCAUGUCUGGCGUGAUUUCAUUCUCAACCAGGCCCCUCCAGUCGUCCAGCACUGACGCUUGCUCGAUUAGGUGUCUUGCCAGGUCGGCCAUGCCCGUUGCUGCACUCCAUCGACGCCAUCAGGGAUGCGGAAACCACCGCAAAACACCUGUCGAAGACCCGGUUCAAUUUGUGGAGCAUUAUUGGUAUGAAGCAGAGGAUGGUAGUCCUGCUUGGAAGAUUUGAAGAGGCAUGCCAGUCAGGCAGGGAUUGGGAG